AUGCCCUUCGGGGACGUUCGGCAAUGGGCGAGCUUUGCUGCCACCGGCUCUCGUAGCCCAGCCGCCCCCGACUUUCAGCUCUGGCACACUAACACUAACUAUGACUACAGUACUACUAGCAUCUUUCAGCGCCGCUCUUUCGCGCGCAAACGCAUAAACGGUGCGCUGUACACGGACAGAAAGUCGGUGACCGUCUGCCACCACACGCGCAGGCCGCCACAGAGGCUUGCGGGCGGAUCAAUCAACUUGGGGGUGGUUUGGCUCGCUCACCGACCCAAUGCAGUGCGACUCGGUGGCGCCGGGGGCUUUUUCGCAUUUACGUGCCCUAUUCGCUGCGUGCUUGUGUUGUUAUUGUCACAUGGGAGGGGAUUUGUUAGACUUGAGGGGGUGCGUGACAUGGGGGGAGGGUGCGGACUGGAUUUUGUCGCAGAGAGGGAACAUGGAAAAUGUAACGAGCGGUGGUGGUUGGAUCGCUACGAGGGCGGCCAGUAA